UAAAGGCGCCGCCAAGGCCUCCCGAGCCGGGGCGAACCAAUUCCUCGGUUCCUGCCCCCAGCUGCAGUAUGGAGUCGCCCCGGGGGCGGCCUGGGCCCGAGACGGACCUGCUAGCUCUGGGGGAACAGCAAGCUGCGAUCUUCGGCGACGGCCCGGGCCAAACGCCCUCUGAGCGGCCCUCAGGCCUCCGACUAUCCGAGGAGGAAGAGGCAGAGAACGUUGGGGGCGCGAGCUGCCACCCCAAGGCGUCCCCGAAGACUUCGAGCUGCAGCUUUGUCCACCCCCCGGAAUGGGAAGCUCCGGAGGACAAGCCGGGCCGUGGAGGGACGCUUUCUGGGAAAGGGAGCCGCCUGGGGGCGCCGGAUCCCGAAUUCGACCCGCACGGGUCCUCCCGGCGCAAGGACCCUGAGCCGCCGGAGGACAAGCCUGAAUCCGAGAGGGUCUGCCGUCGAGGGAGCCCUGUAGGCGGCGGGAUGGAUGUUGAGCAGAAGGAAGACGACGACGAGGUGGCGGCAGCCGGCAGGGGUGGCCGUUCGUUUUCCAGCCGCCUUCAGGACAGCCGCAGCUUGGACGGGUUGAGCGGGGCGUGCGGUGGCCCCGCGUCUUCAGGGGGUGCAGAAUCUGGCGCAGGCGGCGGGCGGCGCGCCACUAUCUCAAGCCCCCUGGAGCUCGAAGGCACGGUGAGCCGCCAUGGCGACCUCACCCACUUUGUCGCGAACAACCUGCAACUCAAGAUCCGUCUGAGCGGCGCCCCUCAACCUCCGCCCCCUGUCCCUAUGCGGCCCUGUUUAGCGCCCACACCCACUCCGGCCAUCCCUCCCAUCGACCCCGACGUGCUGCGGGACCUGGAGCGGCUGAGUCGGGAGCUGGGUGGCAGGGUGGACCGUCUGCUUCGCGGGCUGGGAGGUGCGGUGCAGGAGCUGACAGCUCUGAGCGUGGGCUGCAUCCAAACCUACCGCGAUGCAGUGGACUCUCUAGGCGAAGCUGUGGACAUGAGCAUCAAGGGCAUGUACACCCUGCUGGCGCGCUGUGAAGAACUGGAGCGGGCUCUGCAACCGGUUCAGGGACUGGCGCGCCAAGUCCGGGAUAUCCGACGCACCUUGGAGGUGUUGGAGGCCCUGUGCAAGUGACUGGGAAGGCAGGAGAGGCCUGGCAACGCCAGGGACCAGCAGGAUCCUUAAGGACUCUUAAAGGAGCCCUGGUGGGACCUGCCUGCUGAGAGGAGGGAGGCCUAUAUAUGGGAGGUUCUUCCAGAUACGUUUAGCAGGCCGGCGACCAUUCGCUGGGCCUUAUGCAGGUGUAUAUGGGGAAGUUCUAAAGGCUCUCCUGGUGGGAGGGUAUGAUGCUCUGCUUCUGUUCAGUUGGCGAUCUGCAGCUACCUUGUUCUCCCAACUCUCUUCCCCAGUUAGCGCACCAUCUCUGGAAACCAGGGGCUUUAGUUCUGGGCUUGGGAGAUGUGACUGUCAUAUGUUAUCAAGAAAGGAGAACAGAGGAGGCCCCAGCCCCCACUGUGGCCACUCUGACCUCCAGUAGUCACAUCUCAGGUGCCAGGGCCUGUGGGAGCUUGUGUAGUCAAAGACCACACACCACGCAGACAAGGACGCAUAGUUGCAUAUGGAUAACCUCCUGCUUCUGCCCUCUGGCCCUCUACCGUCCCAUUUCCCCAGUCAUAACCUGGGCGGAGUUAGAAGGAAUGUAUUGCAUGGUAGAGGAGGUGCGUUCGGACGGGUCUCUCUGCUCUCAGGGUUCAGAUAGAAUUGUUGCUGGUUUUGAAGCCCACCUGUUGUGGAAUGUUCUAAUCAGUUUUGGCUUUCUGAGUUUUUGUGGAAUUAAA